AGCCUAGUUACAAGAAAACAUAUAAAUGGAGACCAAAACGUCGAUAACGACGUCAAGCAUUAAAGAUUACAAAACUUCAAAACUUCAAAUAUAAAUAAAAGCCCAUAUUUUGAUUCACUCUCGACUCCAAUGAAAUUAAAAUGGGUAAUUGUGCCUCAUGCUACUCUGCCUCCACUGCAAGCAACGCCACUACCGCGAAACUUAUCCUUUUAGACGGCCAACUUGAAGAGUUUUCGUCGCCGAUGAAGGUGUUCUUGUUAACACCACCGUUAGAAAAUUUAGGGUAUGAUCAGGGGUCGUUCAUUUGCAACGCCGAUGAGAUGAACUUUGAUGAGUAUGUAACCGCCAUGGCUGGAGAAGAGGAGCUUCGUCCCAGUCAGCUCUACUUUCAGCUGCCGUCCAGCUGGUUAAAAAGGCGGUUAACGGCGGAGGACAUGGCUUCUAUGGCGGUUAAAGCCGGGAAGGCACUUAUGAUUAGUGGUGGCAAGGUGAGAUGUUGGUGUUGUGUGAAAAGGGUUGACCCGUUAGUUUUCUCAGAUGGGGACAAGAUGAUCACAUCUUCCUUGAGUAGGGUUGAAGAUGGUGGUGAUGAUUAUGAAGGAAACCAAAGGUAUGUAGGCGGUAGAGUCGGAGACCGCCGUGGGGGUGGUGGUAAGGGGCGGAUGUCUACGAGGCUUGAGAAGAUAGUAGAGGAGUGACUGAUGCUUUGAGGGGAAUUUACUAGGCUAGAAUAAGUGGUAUGGAUUUAUAUUUAUUUCUUUAUUCCGUUUUGAAUAAGAGAAUUGGAUUAAUUUCUCUA